AUGACGCGAACUAGGAAUCCCAUCCAACUAAUCCUUGACUGGGAUGGCACCCUGACUAAGAAAGAUACGCUUCAUCUUGUUGCUGCGAUAGGGUAUGAGCACAACCGCGACAAAAACCUUACACCUUGGGACGACAUAGUGCAAGCAUACAUCUCCGAUUACUCGCAGCAUAAAGCAUUCUAUACUUCCUCAACAGAAAGCCGCAAGACCGUCACCGAGGAAAGCGAAUGGCUUGCCAGUCUAAAGGAUGUAGAACGAAGCAGCAUCGAACGAGUGAAAGCGGCGGGCAUAUUCAAGGAUGUCACGAAGGAAGAUGUGAUUUCAGCAUCCAGAUCAGCUGUGCGUGAUGGAAAGUUGCAACUACGGCCAGGCUGGAGGAAGCUUCUCGCGAUCUCAGAAGCCUCACAGCAACAGUCUUCGGCGGCGGCCUCGCUUUCUAUCAUCAGCGUGAACUGGAGCGCCACUUUCAUCAGGGCAUGUCUUCAAACUGCCUUAUCGAAUCCUUCAGCCUCGGACGCUAAGUUCAUGGACUCCAUACCUGUCUUCGCGAACGAGCUCCCUUUAGAAGAAAUCCAGCGAACACCCUACAUCUGCACCAGUGCGGACAAGCUUGCUAGGUUUGAAGAAGUACGUGGAGAAGACAGCUGUACUACUUUCUAUGUAGGAGACUCAGCUACUGAUUUCGACUGCCUGGUUGCGGCUGAUGUGGGAAUUUGUAUCAGAGAUGACCCGAUGGGAAGCGGCCAGAAAGAGCUAAAGGAAACGUUGGAACGACUAGACUUUGACGUGUUGCGCUUGAGUCCGGAAGCGUUCACGGAAUCACAAGGAGGCAUUGGAGUUGUUGGCGGCGAUCGAGAGCGAAGAGACAGGCGGAAGAUUUGGUGGGUCGCAGGCUUGGACGAGGUCAGCAAAUUCGUUGGAAAUUGUUAA